AUGGGUGUGAUUCAUUUUCAAAGUUCAUCCACUUUCUGUUCCAAUUUGCAGCAUCAACUGAAUCGAAGGAAAUUUGUGACCAUGGCUUCAAUCGUUCCUGUUGAACAAGUCAAUAGUGGUUCUCUUCAGGUUACUGGUGAUUCCUUUAUCAGACAUCAUCUUAGGAAAUUGGCUCCUUAUCAACCCAUUUUGCCUUUUGAGGUUUUAUCUUCUCGUCUUGGACGAAAGCCGGAGGAUAUUGUCAAGUUAGAUGCUAAUGAGAAUCCUUACGGCCCUCCUCCAGAGGUCAUGGAAGCCCUAGGGUCAAUACAAUUCCCAUAUGUCUAUCCAGAUCCAGAGAGCCGCCGGUUGCGUGAAGCUCUCGCUCUAGAUUCAGGCCUUGAAUCUGAAUAUAUUCUCGCAGGAUGUGGUGCCGACGAGCUUAUUGAUUUGAUCAUGCGUUGUGUGCUUGAUCCUGGUGACAAGAUUGUCGACUGCCCUCCAACUUUCACAAUGUAUGAAUUUGAUGCCGCAGUUAACGGAGCACUCGUCAUCAAAGUUCCAAGGAGGCCAGACUUCAGCUUGAAUGUGGAACACAUAAUCGAGGUUGUUAAACAAGAGAAGCCCAAAUGCAUAUUUUUAACAUCUCCAAACAAUCCAGAUGGGAGUGUAAUUAAUGACGACGAUCUCUUAAAGAUACUCGAGCUUCCCAUACUUGUGGUGCUGGAUGAAGCAUACAUCGAGUUUUCACAAAUUGAAUCAAAGAUGAGUUGGGUGAAGAAACACGAGAAUCUGAUUGUUCUUCGCACAUUCAGCAAAAGAGCUGGUUUAGCUGGACUUCGUGUCGGAUAUGGAGCUUUUCCUUUGAGUUUAAUUAAGUAUCUUUGGAGAGCAAAGCAACCUUAUAAUGUAUCCGUUGCGGCCGAAGUUUCUGCAUGCGCAGCACUUGAAAAUCCUACCUAUCUAGAGAAUGUGAAAGAUGCUUUGGUGAAAGAAAGAGGGAGGCUUUUUGAGCUUUUGAAGGCAGUUCCAUUCCUUAGGCCAUUUCCAAGCCAUUCUAAUUUCAUUCUUUGUGAGGUUACAUCUGGGUUUGAUGCAAAGAAGCUAAAGGAUGACCUUGCAGCAAUGGGCGUGAUGAUUCGCCAUUACAGCAGUAAAGAGCUGAAAGGCUACGUUCGAGUAUCGGUUGGGAAGCCUGAACACACAGACGCGCUUAUGAACUGCCUCAACAUUCUAUCAUAG